AAAAAACCUUAAACCCUAAAGCUUCUCCAUCUGUUCCCUUUCCCCUCUCUCCCCAUUUCGCUAAACGCCUCUACAGAUAUGGCUGCAUCUCGCCUCUCCCUCCGCCACAUCCGCCGCCUCACCACAUCCGCCGGAGAUACAGCCGCCGCCGCCGUAGAGACCACCACCAAGAUCUCCGCCUCCAAAGCCAAGAGCAUCCUCCGCAAACAGCACGACCCCGACAAAGCCCUCGAGAUCUACUCAAACGUCUCCAACCACUCGGCCUCCCCGGUCUCCUCCCGCUACGCCCAGGAGCUCACCGUCCGCCGCCUCGCGAAAUGCAACCGGUUCUCCGACAUCGAAGCCCUGAUCGAGUCCCACAAGGACGAUCCGAGAGUAAAGGAGGAGCCUUUCUACUCCACGCUCAUCAGAUCCUACGGCCGCGCCUCCAUGCUCGAUCACGCCGUCAAGGCUUUCGAGGAGAUGGGUCGGCACGAGACGCCGAGGACAGCUGUCUCCUUCAACGCCUUGCUCACCGCUUGUCUUAAUUGUCAGAAGUUCGAGAAAGUCCCCCAACUGUUCGACGAAAUGCCUCAGAGGUAUAGCACCAUCGUCCCCGAUAGAGUCUCUUAUGGUAUAUUGAUUAAGUCUUAUUGCGACGCUGGCUCGCCUGAGAAAGCGAUUGAGAUUAUGAGAGAGAUGGAAGGUAAACGAAACAUGGAGGUUACCACGAUUGCCUUCACUACGAUCUUAGGUUCUUUGUAUAAGAAUGGUAAGGUUGAGUUAGCAGAGAGCUUGUGGAGCGAGAUGGUGAAGAAAGGCAUUGAGAUUGAUAGUGCAGCGUACAAUGUUCGUUUGAUGAGUGCUCAGAAGGAAGGUCCCGAGAGAGUUUGGGAGUUGAUCGAGGAGAUGAGUGUUAAGGGGUUGAAGCCUGAUACGAUUAGUUACAACUAUCUCAUGACGGCGUAUUGCGAAAAGGGGAUGUUGGAUGAGGCUAAGAAAGUGUUCGAAGGGCUUAAGAGGAACAGGUGUGCUCCUAACGCUGCUACGUUUAGGACGUUGGUGUUUCAUCUUUGUGACAGUGGGUUGUAUGAGCAAGGGUAUGCGGUUUUUAAGAAGAGUGUGGGUAUGAACAAGAUUCCGGAUUUUAACACUUUGCAGCAUUUGGCUGUUGGGUUGGUGAGGAACAAGAAGGUGAAUGAUGCCAAAGGGUUGAUUAGAACGGUGAAGAAGAAGUUCCCUCCGAGUUUCUUGAAUGCGUGGAAGAAACUUGAGGAGGAACUCGGGCUGGAUACGAAAACCGAUGCUUCUUCAACUCCUGCUUAGAAAAAAAGAUCAAGAGCUUUGCAAUUGAACCUCUGAUUCUUUUGCUUUAGCUUUUAUGCAUUUUUUUUUACUUUUCUCAUAAAUUAGCUUGAAGUUUUUUUGUUGGUGGAAUCUCUUGAAUUUCAUGGUACUCAGUUUCUCAUAACAUCUCACUGUUGUUAUGUUCUACACACUUUGUGCUUCGUGGUGAAUUUCAAGUUUCGUUUGUUUUAUGUUCUGUAUACACAUUCAAAGCCUCGGGUUGUCGGCGGAGGCUAAACAAAUUCUGCAUUUAGCAUGAUUUGUUUAUGUAUCAUACGAAUUGUAGUAUUAUAUUUCUAUGUUUUAUGCAUGAUAAUAACACAGGUGACCCCUUAAUGUUUGACUGA